GUGGCCAGAGAGUGCAGCUCGCGCCAGUGUCGGAUCCUCGUUCAAACAGGCGCGCUGUUUCCUCUCCAGCUCAGCUCAGCUCAUUUCAGUUCUCCAGCGCAGCCACCGGCUCACCAGCCCAAGUUUACGCACAGGGAUGCGGGCGCGUGGAGCCGCCUGAAAAUGGCUCUCUGUAGGAUUUACUUUUUCCUUGCUCAUUUUCAUAUAUUUGUGUUUUGUCAAGCCUUGAGGAAUUAUCCAGAUAAUGAAGUUACUCUACUCGACUCCAUGUCUACCCCAGGUGAUCUGGGUUGGGAAGCAUAUCCACCAGAGGGGUGGGAGGAGAUCAGUGUAAUGGAUGAGAGGAACAUUCCUAUGAGGACGUAUCAGGUGUGCAAUGUAAUGGAAGCCAAUCAGAACAACUGGUUGCGCACUGGACUGAUCCAGCGAGAAGGUGCGCAGCGUGUCUAUGUGGAAAUCAAAUUCACCCUGCGUGACUGCAACAGCCUUCCAGGAGUGCCUGGAACCUGUAAGGAGACAUUUAACGUGUACUAUCACGAAUCCAACAAUGCCGUCGCUGUACCUUUGCGCCACAUUCGAGAGAGCCAGUAUGCCAAGAUUGACACUAUAGCAGCUGACGAGAGCUUUACGCAGACCGAUGUUGGGGAUCGUGUCAUGAAGUUGAAUACGGAAGUGCGAGACAUCAGUGGUCUAAGUAAGAGGGGCUUGUACCUGGCAUUUCAAGACCUUGGCGCUUGCAUUGCUCUGGUGUCGGUGAGAGUCUUUUAUAAGCGCUGUCCUCUGGCGGUGCUCAAUCUGGCCCGGUUCCCUGACACGGUGACGGGCGGCGAUUCAGCGCUGGUGGAAGUGCGUGGCACUUGUGUGGAGGAUGCGGAAGAGCUCGAAGCACCACGGAUGUUUUGCAGUGCCGAUGGAGGUUGGCUGGUGCCCAUCGGCCGCUGUGUGUGUCGGCCAGGCUUCGAGGAGGUAGACGGACACUGCCAACCAUGUCGUUCAGGUUUCUACAAGGCCUCCGCUAUGGAUGCGUACUGCGUGAAGUGCCCCCCACACAGCUACUCUCACCAGGACAAGGCCUCAGAGUGUGUGUGUGAGAGAGGCUUCUACAGGGCCAAAGCAGACCCUCGCUCCAUGGCAUGCACGAGACCACCUUCGGCACCUGGCAAUCCUAUUUCCAUGGUGAACGAGACUGCAGUCACUCUAGAAUGGAGUCCUCCUCGUGAAAGUGGUGGACGUGGAGAUGUCACCUACAGUGUCCACUGCAGGAAGUGCUCUGGAGAAGCAGGGGCUGGGGGAGACCGUGACAGGUGUGUACCCUGUGGCAGCGGUCCACAUUUCAACCCCAGGCAGUUUGGCUUGAUGCACCCCAGAGUUCUUGUCACAGAACUGCAGCCUCACAACAAUUACACCUUCAGCAUCGAAGCCCUUAACGGAGUGUCAGACCUCAGCCCCAGUCCACGUCAACUAGUGUCCGUCAACGUCACAACCAGCCAGACAGUGAGCGUCAUCUUAAAGGAAAGGAAGGGCACCGACAGUGUAACGCUGGCAUGGCAGGGUCCAGAACCUGCCGAUGGGACCAUGGUGGAAUAUGAAGUCACCUAUUAUGAAAAGAACCAGCAGGAUCAGAACUACACUGUGCUGAAGACCAAAUCCAACAGUAUGACUGUGGAUGGACUCAAGCCAGGGACCACAUACAUCUUCAGGAUUCGAGCCCGGACGGAUGGAGGCUAUGGGAACUACAGGGGAGAGAUUGAGUUGGAGACAAGCCAUGAAGAUAUGCUGGCUGUUGGAGAUCCCAACCAGCAAACCAUACUGGCCAUCUCUGUGGCAGGCGGAGCGGUGCUUCUGGUGUUGCUGGUGGCCUGUUUUGUUGUGAGUGGAUGGCGCUGUGGAUAUAUUAAAGCAAAGCAAGACCCAGAGGAAGAGAAAAUGCAGUUUCAGCAUGGACGAGUCAAACUUCCCGAAACCCGCACAUACAUUCACCCGCAUACGUACGAGGACCCCAAUCAGGCGGUGCGAGACUUCGCCAAAGAGAUCGAAGUUUCCAACAUAAGGAUUGAAAGAGUUAUUGGGGCCGGUGAGUUUGGAGAGGUCUGCAGUGGGCGUCUGAGGCUGCCCAGUAAGAGGGAGAUCCAGGUGGCCAUCAAGAGUCUGAAAGCCGGAUACUCAGAGCAACAGAGACGUGACUUUCUGAGUGAGGCUAGCAUCAUGGGCCAAUUCGACCAUCCCAACAUCAUUCGACUGGAGGGAGUCGUCACAAGAUGUAAGCCUGUGAUGAUAGUAACAGAGUACAUGGAAAAUGGAUCUCUGGACACUUUUUUGAAGAAACAUGAUGGGCAGUUCACGGUGAUCCAGCUGGUGGGAAUGAUGCGUGGCAUAGCCGCGGGGAUGCAGUACCUCUCAGAGAUGAACUAUGUGCACCGGGAUUUGGCGGCACGGAACAUUCUGGUGAAUGGAAACCUGGUGUGUAAAGUGUCUGACUUCGGGCUGUCGCGUGUGUUAGAGGACGAUCCCGAGGCGGCAUACACUACACGGGGGGGUAAGAUACCCAUUCGAUGGACAGCCCCUGAGGCCAUAACCUACAGGAAGUUCACUUCAGCCAGUGAUGUGUGGAGUUAUGGCAUUGUCAUGUGGGAGGUGAUAUCCUAUGGGGAACGACCGUAUUGGGAAAUGUCCAAUCAGGACGUGAUAAAAGCUGUAGAUGAAGGCUACAGACUACCAGCUCCAAUGGACUGUCCGGUGGUGCUUCACCAGCUCAUGCUAGACUGCUGGGAAAAGAACCGCAGUGAUCGACCAAAAUUCGGGCAGAUUGUCAGUUCCCUGGACAGGCUGAUCCGGAACCCAAGCUGCAUGAAGCAGCUGGCCAACACUUCAGCCUGGGAGGACCCAGUGACUCCUGAGGCGGGAGUCAGCACGGUGGAAGACUGGCUGGACUUGAUUAAAAUGGGUCAGUACAAGGAACACUUUUCCAGCGCCGGCUAUGUCACCUUGGACUCAGUUUUGUACGUCAGCACCAGUGAACUGGAUAAGAUGGGCGUAGCACUGGCAGGCCAUCAGAAAAAGAUCUUGUCUAGUAUCCAGUGUCUUCAGGCACACCACGGGACACAGGUUCAGCACUGAAGUUCAUCAGCCCUACAGGAGAAUGGGCUGGUACCUUCCCCUUCGUGAUCAGCAUCCAGAAAGGCAGUAGAUCGCUGCGGAUGUCCGAGAUUGUGGACUGUGGCUGUCUAUCGAUCCAAGUGAAGUAAGGACAAGAAUCAACACCAUGUGACAUCACAGCACUGUGAACAUCACGCUUCACUCCUCUUUGUACAGAAGACCUUGAGAAGAAACACAGACUGUGUUUUGUGAAUCUUUGAACUGUUCUGAGAGCGAUACUAGUAGGAUCAUCUUCAAUUAAUGUGAACUGCGAGGAUGCGGAAAGCUUCAGCGAGAUGUCCUUGCAUCUUGUGUAUGUGGAAAUAUUUUUGAAACGUUCAGCUUCGUCUUUAGGAGGCAAUGAAGCACUGACCUCUCUUUCGCACAUACGCACACAUUUAAACGCUACAUAGAAGGGCCCCUCCUUGACCGGCUCCCAUCAAGCCCUUUUUUCAAGCGUCUUUGGAAUACGUUAAUUCCACCGUGGAGAUCCUAGAGUUUAGAGUGCCCACGCCUGUCAUUUUUGACAAGUUCUGACAUCCAAUGUGCAGCAACAGAGAAACGAGAGACAUUUAAGGAAUGAAGAGCAAUUGUUGCUUCACAAACAAAGACCUGACAGCGUGAUGAUGUUAUGAAAGGGGCAGAUGUCGUCCUUCCUUCACACUGGCAGCAACUUUCAGUCGUCUUUUUCAACACGUUGAUGUGGAGCCGCUUCAUCUGAUGUGCUUUUCCUUCUAAUUUCAUUGCCUAUUUAAAGUAAUUUUGCCUCAUUACAUGCAUUUCAUCAAAAAACAUGAGCGUCGUUUUUGGAAGGAGGAACGAUAUGUGUUGAGCUUUUUAUGAGGGAGACUUCAUUCCUAAAUCAUCCUGGUGUUGAUGGCGCUGCACUCAGUGGACUGUUGAACCUAUAUUUGUGUUGGACCUCAUUUAGCAUAGAUUUCUGGUGCUUACCGAGUGCUUGGUACAGUUAGAUUAAAUUUCCAUGUGAUCUGAUAACAGAACGAAGGAGCUUAAACAUUUUAGCAUACACUUUCCAUGUCAUUUCAUGCACCAUGUUCACAAUCCCAUGUAAAAAGGUGUCCGCAACAGAUGCUGGUGCUGUAAAAAUAGCUUCAUCCUCUAUUUUCUGGUUUCUCGCCCCAAGUAUCUUGGCAGUUCUUUGCUCUGCGCUUGGAAACGUGAUUGAAGAAGAAAGGAUUCUAUUGCAGUAGAAAUUGAGACGUUGUACAGUGUUGGUUAUUGUAUUUGUACAGUAAUGACUUGAAGGUUUUUGUCAGUUGUAAAUUAAGACAAGGUGGUGACUCUUAUUUUAACCUUCAACUCUAGCUUUGGAUAGAUGAGAAUUGUGAGGCUGUCGAAUGUAAUGGAUAAUUUAGCUUUAAAGUGUUGGGGAAAGCUAAGCAUUCUCAGGAUUGUUGUUUGUCACUGAUACACAAUUUCAAGAUGGCAGCAGAUCAGACAGAACCACCAACUGGGUUCUGUUUUCUACGGAUACACUUCCUGUUCGAUGCCUUUCAGUUUCAUUGUUCUUAUUUAUGUUUUGUCAUUCAUUCAAGUCCUUCAUUUUUGUCUCGUUUUCCAGUAAAAUAUAUCUAAACAUCAGAAUUGCUUUUAACACUGGUUUUCCGUAAUAUUACUUAUUUUUCUGUUAUGAAUCUAAAAUAACUGUGUGGGUUUUAUGCUUAAAAAGAAAACAUUUUGUCAGUUAGGUACAAACACUGUUCAAAAGUUUGAGAUCAGUUAGAUAUUAUACUAUUUUCAUCAAGGAUGUAUUAAAUGAAUCAAAUGUGACCAUAAAGACAUUUAAUAAGGAUUUUGUGACACUGAAGAUUGGAGUAAUGGCUGCUGAAAAUUAAGCUUUGCCAAAAGAGGAAUAAAUGACAUUUUAAAAUAUAUUCAAAAAGAAAUGGUUAUAAUACAUUCUAACAAUAUUUCACAAUAUCGCUGUUUUUAUUGAUCCAAUAAGUGUGACCUUGGUGAGCAGAAGAGACUUUUUUUCUAAAAAAUAUGAUCUGCCCCAAACUUUUUGAACUUUCUGAAGACAAGACCGCAAACCGAAUUAGGUGAAACUGUAUUGAUUUAAUAAGAACAACUUGAGCACUCUGGGUAAGGAAAAAACUAAAUAAAAGAUCAAGCAGGUUUUUUUUUUUUUUUUUUUACAUUAUUUAUAAUGUUGGCAAACAUUUUCUAAGUGAUGCAGAAGAAACAAAAACAGUGUUAUCCUCUCAUUCUGUGAACUCUUAUGGGAAAAUGUUCCUUUGGCUUAUUUAAUUGAAACGAUAAUGAAGAAUGUUUAUUUCUUCUGAAUAUUUAUUGAUGAAAGUCAAGGUUAUAAUUGUAAUAAUUGGCACAUCUGCUCUCCUUUUGGUAAUUCUUAAUUAGGAGCUAUUCCUAAUGGUCAAAUUACUGAAACGUGUGCCUGUUCCGAUUUGUAAUUUCCCAUGCGGCAACAAUAACAGCGAAUAAUUUAAUGAGGCGUUGCAAAAAGCAUCUUCCGACCCAAAACAAUAAACUUUUGAAUUCUUGGAGUGAUUUCAGUUCUCAUCUAUCAUAUUUUUAGCUGAUAGUCAUCUAUUGACACAAACAUGCACACAAACACUCAAUGCAGUAAAUGAUGUCUUGAAGCAUUUUUGACAUUCCUUUUGAUUUUUAGAAACAAUAAAUGCCAGUUAUUGUUUCAUUUUCUGAAGUACUGUUAUUAUACUCAAUAAUAUCAUGCAUACUUUGGUCUGGGAGUUUACACAGCCCACACUACUUGUUACUUGGUUACCUGCACAUUGCAUCAGGACCUGGGUUAGACAUUUUUAGCCAAGAAAGUGACAAAUGCCAGGUUUGAAUAUCAGCAGUAAGACGGGAGAAUAAAUGUAUGUCACUCAGUGGUCGAGAUGUGUAGUGCUGAUUGAAAAAUAGUAAUAAUGUGUCUGGAAGUCAUGAAUUAAACUGUAGGAGGCCACUCUCUUGAGGCCAAAAUAUUUAGUAUUACAAAAUCAUUGGAUGGUUUUGAAGUCGGACUCUGUAACUCACUCUGUACCAAUCAGGACUGUUGUUUUGUUGUAUGGGUAACUGCACAGUGCAUUUCAUAAUUAAAUCAUAUCUGGUGUACAUGCGUUGAAGUGUACACUUUGCCACCCACUUCUAAACUGGAGUACUUCAGCCCUGAGUGCAAAAAGCUUCUCUGGCUUGCACAUCAUUAGUAAUGGAUACAUGAUCAGAUAACUCCAAUAAAAAGGUCACUGAGUCAUUGACUUAACAAACCAGGUCCUCGGUCAGUACCUGAAGAUGUUACCUCUAAUUUUCGGUGUAUCAUUUCUUUUGGAUUUUCAGCAUUGUUCUCAUUUGUGUACCGGUUUGGUUAUUAUUUCAUAAAGUUGUAUUCAUUUUAAACAUUGUGUCUAAUAAAUAUGUUAAUAUUUUUA